CGCACUACUCGCUUGCGAUGACUCCCACUUCAAUCACUCCUCAUCACCCACUCGUUCAUCGAUAUUGUUCUGGUUGAUCACGAUCACGACAUGCCCGACUGGCUCUACCACACCGCCGCGACGCACACGACCGAGGUGGACGCUGCGGGCCACCCAAUCUCCAAAGACACAUGGGAGGCCCGCGUGCUUGGCCAAGUGGUGUACCGCGUAACGACGCAGGCGGAGGGAGACGGGGAGAAGGCGACGGCGAAGUCUGGGAACGAGGCGACGAAGUCCUCUACAGAGACGAACGGCGCGACGAAGCCCACCACCCUCGCGGACAAGGUCGCGCACGAGACGCACUGGCUCGACGUCGACCGGACGGCGGACUCGCGCGCCGACAGCCCGGAGCCAGAGGUGCGGCGCGGUCGCGUCACGAGCGUCGGCGUGCUGGGGUUCAAUGUGUGGGGGAAGGGCGAGGGCAAGGAGGAGAGCCAUUGGCUCGAUGUCGACCGCAUUGCGGACUCGCGCGCGGACAGUCCUGUCGGCGAACAUGAGACGAAGAAGUUGGUGGGGAGUCCGUUGGCGCGGGGGUCGUGAAGGAGGGAGUGGGAGUGGGGAGAUGUGCACUGUUG